CAGUCCUCCACAUUGGUCGGGAGUUGAGAUAGGUACGUGACAGCACGCGCUGCCGUGGCCUUCUUCAUUUGCAUCUCGAGCCUCGUUUCGAAGCCUUCACCUUCGACUCGAAGGUGAAGUUGCCAGAGCAAAUCUCGGCCGCGCCACGCACUUCAACGUGAGCGAGCGUUCCCAUCGAAGUCUGCAUCCUAGAGAGCUCGACCACAGAAACACUGGGUUUGCAGCGAGCGCUGCGCCGUCGGCUGUUCCAAGCGCACUGAACUAACUCCACGCGAGACACGUAUAUGACUUGGGUCGGCGCUAACAUGCUGCCAGCUGACUCUGUGGCGCAGUAAGAGGCACAUUACUACUGUGACGGCGGAAGAUCCCCUCAGUGUUGACAACAUGCUGUCAACAACGCGCCGAUCUUCCACCGUCACGAGUCCAACAUGUUGAUACCGGUAUACGAAAGAAAGCAAACGAGAGCGUCAUUGCCAAGCGAACGCAAUGGCUAGCGGCGCUAGCGCAACGCUCGCUUUUUAAUCCCUUCUUGUUGUUUCAUGCACCCACCUCACGAGUCAUCGUGCCACGAUUCGUGGCCUGGUACAGGUAUUCCACGCGUCGUGUGCUCGUAGCAGCGUCCGCGCUCAGCUUUACAAUCAUCUCCAGCUUCUACAGUAAGCAGUUGAGAGCUCCGUACCCCACGGGACUCCCGUCGGGAGUGCUUCCAGUGUCGUUACGACUCCUACGAGGCAGCCCGCCAAGGCAUCAUCUGUUCGUCCGAGCCCGGUCUUUGAUGAGUGGUCAUCCAGUCGGUGGUUUGGAUGAGCAGCUCCUCAAGUCGACUUGUCAGCGCGAGGAGCCAUUCUGAUUCCUACCGACGAACGAAUCGCCAUGACACUGCAAGUGACGGCCGUGACGACGCCCGAGGAGUUCCAAGAGGCCAAGGCGAUCCGUCUGCGGGUAUUUCAUGAGGAGCAGGGCUUCGACCCGGUGCUUGAGUUCGACGAACAUGACGAUGAGCCCUCGACAAUCCAUUUUCUCGGCAAGGACGACGAACAGGACCAGUACGUCGCUGUGGGUCGUGUCUUGCUGGAUGAAGCGGCCCGCUCGGCCAAGAUCGGUCGGGUGGCAGUGCUCCAAGAGUGCCGUGGCAAGAGCUACGGCGCCGCAUUGAUGGAAGGCAUGGAGCGUCACAUCCGAGACCGCGUGGACUCGUUCAAGCUCUCGGCGCAGUUUGACAAGAAGGGAUUUUACGAGAAGUGCGGAUACCAACGCACGUCCGACGAGAUUCACCUCGAUGAAGGCGUCCCGCACUGCUGGAUGGUCAAGGCUGCCAAGCCGUAGAGAGAAAUACUAAAAAAAAAAACAAUAUAUGACUCCAUUUGCAUCGCCC